AUGAACUGGAGGACUGGUAGUAUCUCUAUGAAUGGAUGGCUGCGGCUGAGUGGAGCUGAGCAGCCUGAAACAACCGUCAUGCAGGCUUUCUGCAAGAAUUUUGUGACAUUUGUGGCACGGUUAGAUGGAUACCUUUUAGUCUGUGGCACUAACGCAUACAACCCCGCCUGCUGGAAAAUGGAUGGUGGAACGUUUGAAAAACAAAGCACAAGUUGGGCUGAACAAUUAUCCCCUCGUUUUCCAGGGUUCAAUUAUAAUAUUUUAAAUAUAGGAAAUGAAAUGUACUCCACAAUUCCCAAACAAUCCAACAAUGCCGCAAGCACAAAGAAAGCCACAUUCAAGAAGAUUAAGGGCACAAAUCCUAUGCGCUACACUGGUGGCAAUCUUUUGAAGAAUCCAGUAUUUGUGAAAUCACUGGCAGUGGAGGCAAAACAGAAAAACGAAAGUAGGAUUUUUCUCUUCUUCAUGGAUGAUAAUAGUGAACUUAGAACCACUGACAAGAGAGUGCCUAUGAUUGCUCAGAUGUGCAAGGAGGAGAUGGGAUCCGUGAAACCAGAUGAGCGCAAUAUGUUUAGCACUGCUUUAAAAUCACGUUUAAUAUGUGGAGACCCAGAGGGGCAAUAUUAUAACAUAUUGCAGGAUAUCUACUUUUUACAAUCACAGGAUUUGGUUUAUGGGCUGUUUACAAAUGCAUGGAAUCACAGUGCUGUCUGCUCCUAUAAGAUUGAGAACAUUGAGUCAGUUUUCAACACUUCAGACUUGUUUGGGUCCGAAAAAAAAGAUCUAGAGAUUCGCCCGGGCAAGUGCCUCUCAGAACAUACUCCGCAGGUAACAGCAGACGAAGCAGCCAACCACCCUGAACUCGUUGACUGGGUUUGGCCUUUAGGAAAUCGGACUGUUUUUCAGACUUUGGAAUACUACAGAAAACUGGUGGUUGAUGAGAUAGCAGCUAAAAAUGAAAUCUGGAGGGUCAUUAUAGUAGCUACAGACAGUGGGCGUUUGCACAAGGUGGUUGUAGAUCAUGUAAAUAAUAGUGCAACGAAUGUUUUGGAAAUGCAGCCCUGCAACAAAACAGUGAACAUCUUGUUCUUGCAGCUGGAUCAAAAUAAUACAGAGCAUACCUUGUAUGUGGGAACUGCUAACGCAAUUUACAGAAUUUUCCUGGAUGACUGCAGAGCUUAUAACAACAGCUGUACUGACUGUAGGUCAUCAGAAGACCCAUAUUGUGCCUGGUAUGGGGGAGAAUGCCAGUCUAUUCUGAAAAGGCCGCUCGAGAAUCUUAAGACGGGAGCGAGCGCCGGAGACACAGUAUGUGCGGGCAUUGUCGUUUUUUGCAACGACCGGCACCGUUGUAUCCCCGACCCCUUCAACAUCCUCUUGGAGCGGCAUCGAGCUUUUCACGUCUGGGGUGGGAGUGUCCUUCCAGCUUACCGCUCAUUGGCUGGAGGCCGGGACACCCUAGGAGGUCAGGUGACCACCUAUGUCACACGCUGCCGCGUUCGGCGUUCGGUGCGGGAGAAUGCUAGGAGAUCACCUCCUCCUCCUGAUGAAGCGCCUAUUGGCGCGAAACGCGUAGAGUACUUUGUCACCACCCACUAA